ACCUGCCGCCGGGCGGGCGGGGAGCAGCGGCGGGAGCAGCGGGGCCGCGGGGAGCUGCCGGGCCGAGCGCCGGGGACGUGACUCUUUCUGGGACCCAGUUGCCUCCACGGGGCGGUGAGGAAGGGAGACAGCUGCCGAAGGCCCGCACUGAGCAGCAAGGCAGGGCAAUGGAGGGCGAGGCAGCACUGAACGGCCAUGCCACCCCCGUCGCUCACCACGAAGACGUGCCAGGAGCAAACGACUUCUGCCAGGACAUACAGACUUGCAAACAGAAACAAGCGGCUGGCAGGGAAGUGACAGGGAUGGACACUGCCAGUGAGCCCCUGGAGGUGGCUGGCAGCAUUGCUGGAGUAUAUGUAGAGGCUUCAAAGAAGAUAUUGAGCUUUUAUGAUGCCACCAGAGAGCAUCUUCUGGGUUUGGAUCCAGCGCUCUAUCUCCUCGAGGCCCAGGCAGCUACUGGCUUCAUCACUGACCCUGUGAAGAGCAGGCGUGUGUCUGUAGCAGAAGCAGUGCACCUGGGGCUGGUGGGGCUGGAGCUGAAAGAGAGGCUGCUCUCCGCAGAAAAAGCUGCCACUGGCUUCGUGGACCCUUAUACAGAAGAGAAAAUCUCCCUGUACCAGGCAAUCCAGAAGGACCUGAUUGGGAGAGAGCAAGGCAUCCGGCUGCUAGAGGCCCAGAUUGCAACUGGAGGCAUCAUUGACCCAGCCACUGGCCACCGGGUCCCGGUAGAUGUUGCCUGUGAGAGGGGAUAUUUAGAUGAAGAGAUGAGCCAGCUCCUCUCUGACCCCAGCAAUGAGGACAGCAGAGGGUUCCUUGACCCCAGCACUAUGGAGAGGGUCACCUACCUGGAGCUUAUAGAGAGGUGUGUUACUGAGCCGACCUCGGGCUUCCUCCUCUUGCCUCUGAAGAUCACGUUUCCCGGGUUGGGAGGAAGGGUGAGCAGCAGAGAGCUGAUGGACUCUGGCAUCAUCAGCUCUGACGUGUUCAGAGGUCUUGAGGAGGGAAGAGUUUCUGUCCAGGAGGUAGCGGAGAAUGACUCUGUUCAGCAGUUCCUACAUGGGACAAGGAGUGUAGCUGGUGUUGUUGUUUUGCCCUCCAGUGAGCGGAAAAGCCUUUACCAAGCACUGAGAGAGCAUCUCCUUGUGCCUGGUGCUGCUCUGAUGCUCCUACAAGUCCAGGCCUCCACUGGCAGCCUGACAGACCCCAUAAAGAACAAAAGUUUCUCCGUCGAUGAGGCUGUCAAGACUGGUCUCGUUGGCCCAGAGCUUUACGAGAAACUGUCUUCAGCGGAGAGAGCCAUCACUGGGUACAGGGACCCCUGCACUGGGGAGAGGCUCUCUCUGUUCCAAGCCAUCAGGAAGGGCUUCAUUCCCAGGGACCAUGGCAUUUGCCUUCUGGAGGCUCAGAUGGCCACGGGGGGUAUCAUCGCUCCAGGCAGGCACCUCCGUGUCCCCACAGACACAGCUUGCAAGUGGGGAUACCUGGACGAGGCCACGAGGCAGCUCCUCUCCAGUCCUACUGAUGACGUGAAAGGGUUCUUCGACCCCAGCUCCAAAGAGAAGCUGACCUAUGCAGAGCUGCUCAGGAGAUGUGUCACUGAUCCGGACACGGGGCUCCUGCUGCUGCCCCUUUGCGGAGACAGUGGAGAGGAGCCCAAGGGAAACCACCUCUUCAUCGACCACAGGACCCAAGCAGCUCUGGAGAGCACAGAGGUACCCGUCGCUUUAGGUAAAUUCAAGGGAAAGCCAGUCUCUCUCUGGAAACUCCUCUUCUCAGACUCCAUGCCAAGUGAGCAAAGAGCCGCUCUCACCCGGCAGUACUGUGCAGGAGCACUCUCCAUGCAAGAACUGGCUAAGAUGGUCAGUGCUGCUGUUGAGGAAAUGGCUUCCACUGCUAAUGUCACCUUUGAAGGCCUGAGGGACAGGGUUACAGCUGACCAGCUCCUGAGCUCUGAAAUUAUCAACAAAGAUUUAUUUAGGAAACUGAAGAAAGGAGAAACAUCAGCCAAAGAAGUUGUCAGCAUGGACACAGUCAAGAAAUACCUGGAAGGGACAGGCAGCAUUGGUGGCCUACUGCUUCCUGACUCCCAGGAGAAGAUCAGCAUCUACCAGGCAAAGAGGAAAGGGCUUCUAAGGCCAGGAACAUCACUGAUCCUCCUGGAGGCACAGGCUGCCACUGGCUUUAUCAUUGAUCCAGCUGCCAACAAAAGGUAUUCUGUGGAUGAGGCUUUAAGAGCAGGUGUCAUUGGCCCAGAUGUUUAUGACAAGCUGCUGACUGCUGAGAAAUCAGUCACUGGCUACAGAGAUCCUUACUCAGGGAGCAAGAUCUCCCUCUUCCAGGCCAUGAAGAAAGAGUUCAUCGUGAAGGAGCAUGCUAUCCGUCUGCUCGAGGCCCAGAUCGCCACCGGCGGCAUCAUCGACCCUGUCAACAGCCACCGCAUCCCCGUGGAGGUGGCCUACAAGCGGGGCUACUUUGACAAGAAGAUGAACUUGAUCCUUUCUGACCCUAGUGAUGACACGAAAGGCUUCUUCGACCCCAACACGCACGAGAACCUCACAUACCUGCAGCUGAAGGAGAAGUGCAUCAUGGAGCCGUCUACCGGGCUCUGCCUCCUCCCUCUGAACAGCAAGAAGCGUCAGUUCAUCGACGAAGCCACCAGACGGGCGUUCGGGAACUCCUGGCUGCGCGUCAGGUUUGGGCGGUUACGGGGCGAGAGAGUUUCUGUGUGGGACCUGCUGAACUCCGAGUACUUCAGUGAGGGGAAGCGUCGAGAAAUAUUCAAUCACUACCAGCUGAGAAAGCUCACGCUGGAGCAAAUCAGGAUCUUGUUAGAGGAGGAGAUGAAAAAAUGGGCCCCCAUCAAAUUCCCAGCCUUAAGAGGCAGUGUCAGUGCUCAUCACCUGAUGGAAACAGGCGUCAUUGACAGGGUCCUGUUCGAGAAGGUGUUGGAGGGAUCCGUCACACCGGAGGAAGUCCUGCGCAUGGACUCUGUCAGAAAGUACCUCUAUGGCUCUGGCAGCAUUGGAGGGAUUGUACUGCAGCCAUCGAACCAGAGGAUAAGCAUUUAUGAGGCCAUGAAACAGAACCUCAUGGUGCCAGGAAUAGCCAUGCCGUUGUUGGAGGCCCAGGCUGCCACAGGCUUCAUCAUUGACCCAGUGAACAACCAGAAGCUCUGUGUAAAUGAUGCCAUAAAAGAGGGAAUAAUCGGGCCAGAAGUCCACGAGAAGCUGCAGCAUGCAGAAGGGGCUGUAACAGGCUAUAAAGACCCUUUUACAGGCAAGAAGAUACCUCUCUUCCAGGCUAUGAAGAAGGGCCUGAUCGCCAACGAACAGGCUCUACAGUUAAUGGAGGUGCAGAUGGCUACAGGAGGUAUCAUCGAUCCAACAUGCGGCCACUAUAUUCCCAUAGAAUUUGCCCAGAAACGGGGCUGCCUGGAUGAGGACACAAGCAAGGCCCUUUCCAACCCCAGUGACAGCAACAGAGCCUUCUGCCUCCCAGACAGCAAAGAAACUGUGACCUAUGCUGAGCUAAUUGAGCGCUGCCAGAAGGAUGAGAUCUCUGGCUUCCACUUGCUGCCUCUGCCACAAACAGCUGUCCCUGUUUACAGUGAUGAGCAAAUCCAACAGCUUUUCAAGGAAACCAUGGUGAAGGAAAAAGGAGUCUCCCUCUGGGAACUGAUCCACUCUGGGUAUUUCACUGAGGAGCAGAGGAGUGACUUUGUGGAGAAGUACCGGUCUGAGGAAAUGUCUCUAGAGCAGCUGGUUGCUCUUGUCCUUAAACUCGUUAGAGAAAUGGAAAUGAAAGCCCACACCCACAUCACCUUGGAAGGCUUGCGGGGCAGCGUCCCUGCUGUCUGGCUGCUAGAUGCUGGCAUCGUUACCGAGAAGAUGUUUGAAGAACUGGUUCAGGGCAUAAGGACUCCCGAGGAAGUGUCCGCGAUGGAGAGCGUGAAGAGAUACUUGCAGGGCACAGGCAACAUCGCUGGGGUAUUCAUACAGGCAUCCAAAAAGAAGCUGAGCUUUUACCAUGCCAUGAAAAACAAUCUCCUUCCCCCUGGGGUAGCACUGAGGCUGCUGGAAGCUCAAGCAGCCACGGGAUACUUAACUGACCCAGCAACAAACCAGAAGCUCAGCGUGAAGGACGCUGUCAAAGCCGCUGUUGUUGGUGAAGAGCUCACUGAGAAACUCCUGCUCGCAGAGAGGGCGGUGACUGGCUACAGAGACCCGUACACAGGGAGCUCCAUCUCUGUCUGCCAAGCACUCAGGAAAGAGCUAAUCCCCCUGGGCGAUGCUCUUCGCUUGCUAGAGGCCCAGCUGGCUACAGGAGGGGUCAUCGAUCCCAUCCACCACCACCACCUUCCACUCCAGGCCGCGUACAGAUACGGUUUCUAUGAUGAGGACCUGAACCAAACCCUCUCUCAGCUCAAUGACAGCACCAAAAUCUUUUUUGACCCAAACACAAAGGAGAAUGUGACCUACCAGCAGCUGAAGGAGAGGUGCAUUCCUGAGGCUGAGACAGGCCUCUGGCUCCUACCUCUGUCAGAAAAUGCAGUAUUCUGUGUGGACGAACAAACGAUGGAGGUGCUGAAAUCUGUGACUGUCUGUGUCAACACAGGGCGGUUCAAAGGACAGACAGUGUCAGUCUGGGACCUUCUCAACUCUGAAUACAUCUCAGACUGCAAGAGAAGAGAGCUAGUGCAAAAAUACAAAGCUGAAAAUACUGAAGUGUUGCAUGAAAUAAUAACAAUUGUCACCACAAUCAUCAAAGAGACGGAGACACAAGGCAAGAAAUUUGCAUUUAAGGGCCUGAGAAAAAGCGUAUCUGCCAGCGACCUCUUCCAGUCUCACCUGAUAGACAAAAAAACACUCGAUGAGCUCAACCAGGGGAAGAAAACAGUCAAAGAAGUCACUGAAAUGGACUCCGUCCGCAGGUACCUGGAGGGCAGCAAUUUCAUAGCAGGAGUCCUUAUACAGCCAAGCAAUGAGAAGAUGAGCAUCUACCAGGCCAUGAGGAAGGGCAUCUUGAGGCCAGGGACAGCGCUGGUGUUGCUGGAGGCACAGGCUGCCACUGGCUUCAUCAUUGACCCAGAGAAAAACAGGAAGUUUUCUGUGGAGGAAGCAUUAACUUCAGGUCUAAUUGGAGGAGAGAUUUUUGAAAAGCUGCUCUGUGCAGAAAGAGCUGUGACUGGCUACACAGAUCCAUACACAAAAGCCCCAAUGUCUCUCUUUGAAGCCAUGAACCAAGGGCUAAUUGUGAAGAGCCACGGCAUCCGCCUGCUCGAGGCCCAGAUCGCCACCGGCGGCAUCAUCGACCCCGUGCACAGCCACCGCGUGCCCGUGGAGGUGGCCUACCAGCGCGGCUACUUCAACCAGGAGAUGAACCAGAUCCUCUCCGACCCCACGGACGACACCAAGGGCUUCUUCGACCCCAACACGCACGAGAACCUCACCUACAUGCAGCUUCUGGAGAGAUGUGUCCAAGACUCAGAGACUGGGUUGUACAUGCUCCAAGUUGUACAGGAGGGGGGAAAGUACUUCUACAUCGAUGAGUCAACAAAACAGUUCUUGCACUCAAAGCCUGUCAAAGUGAAAGUCGGAAAGUUUAAGGACCAAACAGUUUCCAUCUGGGAGAUUCUUUGCUCUCAUUACGUCUCUGAGCAGAAAAAAAAAGACUUAGUAAAGCAAUAUAAAUACAAAACCCUAACACUGGAAGACCUUAUAGCCCUCAUCCUCAAAAUAAUCGAGGAUACAGAGCAAAGAACAGAAGCCCUCAAGGUUAAAGGCCUUCGGGAGGAUGUGUCUAUAUCAGAACUGUUUAACUCUGAGAUACUUGACAAGAAAACUCUGGAUCGGCUGCAGGAGGGAAGUCUUACACUCGACAGCCUCACAAAGAUGGACAAUGUCACAAGGUACCUAGAUGGCACAGGAUGCAUCGCUGGCGUUCUGCUCCCAUUGCGGAAAGAGAAGAUGAGCAUCUACCAGGCCCUGAAAAGGGGCCUCCUCACAGAGCAAUGUGCACUGGGGCUGCUGGAGGCACAGGCUGCCACUGGUUUUCUCAUUGACCCACUUAAAAGAAAGAAGCUCUCUGUGGAUGAUGCCAUCUCAUCUGGGCUGGUGGGCAGGGAGUUACAUGAGAAGCUCCUGUUAGCAGAGAGAGCUGUGACGGGAUAUACUGAUCCAAACACAGGAAACAAAAUAUCCCUCUUCCAGGCCAUAAGGGAAAAGAUAACGACGAAGGAGCACGGUAUCCACUUGCUUGAGGCCCAGAUUGCCACUGGUGGCAUCAUUGACCCUGUGCACAGCCACCGUGUUCCUGUAGAAGUGGCCUACCGGAGAGGCUACUUAGAUGAAGACAUAUUUCUGCUAGCUUCUGACCCAGAUCAUGGCAGCAAAGGAUAUAUAGAUCCAAAUACUCAUGAAAAAAUGAGUUACAGUCAGCUCCUGCAGAGAUGUUCCAAAGACAGAGAAACUGGAUUUUACUUGCUGCAAGUCAUGGAAAAAGAAGACGACUAUUUCUACAUCGAUGAGCAAACAAAAAAUAUCCUAUUAUCUACAAUGGUACAAGUGCCUGUUGGAAAAUACAAAGGGCAAACGUUAUCACUGUGGGAACUCCUCUGUUCAGAAUAUAUCACAGAGGAGAAGAGAAAAGAACUGGUGAAAAAAUACAAACAUGACUCCCAUAAUAUUCUACAACAAAUCAUUGAUACAAUACUGAAUAUCAUUAAAGAAAAAGAGGAGGGCCGAAGUGAUGUAUGGUUCCAAGGUAUCAGACAACAAAUAACAGCAUCAGAACUUCUCAGUGCACAAAUAAUCACAAAAGAAACAAUGGAAAAGCUUCAAGAGGGAAAAGAGACAGCACAAGAAAUAGCUCAAAUAGAUAGCGUAAGAAGGUAUCUUGAAGGAACUGGGUGCAUCGCUGGCGUGCUGGUGCCGUCCAAGGCUGACCCUGCCAAGGUGGAGAAGAUGAACAUCUACCAGGCCAUGUGGAAGGGCAUCCUGAGGCCAGGGACAGCACUGGUGCUGCUGGAGGCGCAGGCUGCCACGGGCUUCGUCAUCGACCCGCUCAAGAAUGAGAAGCUCUCGGUGGACCAAGCUGUCUCCUCGGGGCUGGUGGGCAGUGAACUCCAAAGAAAACUAGUCUGUGCAGAGCGCGCCGUGACGGGCUACACCGACCCAUCCACAGGACAAAAGAUCUCCCUCUUCCAGGCCAUGAAGAAGGAGCUCAUCGUCAAGGAGCACGGCAUCCGCCUGCUCGAGGCCCAGAUCGCCACCGGCGGCAUCAUCGACCCCGUGCACAGCCACCGCGUGCCCGUGGAGGUGGCCUACCGGCGCGGCUACUUCGACCGGGAGGUGAGCCAGAUCCUCUCCGACCCCACGGACGACACCAAGGGCUUCUUCGACCCCAACACGCACGAGAACCUCACCUACAUGCAGCUGCUCCGCCGCUGCGUCCCCGACCCGGACACGGGGCUGCUCAUGCUGCAGCUCAUGGACAAGGGCUCGGUGCUCUACCAGCUGACCGAGGACGCCCGGAAAGCCCUGCAGGCCGCCCGCACCACCGUCGGCGUGGGGCUCUUUGAGGGCCAGAGCGUCACCGUCUGGGAGCUCCUCUUCUCUCGCUACGUCCCCGACCACCGGCGGCAGGAGCUCCUCAGGAAGUACAAGGCGGGGACGGUGACCGUCCCGCAGAUGACCGCCAUCCUCACCGCCAUCCUCACCGGCACCGAGGGCCGGGGCCACGGCGCCGCCACGGCCGCCACGGCGCCGCGCCAGGAGGAGCCGUCUCCGCCCGAGAACGGCGAGGCCGCGGGCUCCCAGCGGGAGCGGGAGCGGGAGCUGGAGCAGGCCCUGAGGUCGCGCACCGUCGAGGUCUCCGUGGGCGGCUUCCAAGGCAGGAGGGUCUCGGUGUGGGAGCUCCUCUUCUCCAAGUACGUCUCGGAGGCAAAGCGGCAGGAGCUGCUGGGGAAGCUGCGGGACGGGAGCCUGACGCCGGACGAGGUGGCGAGGCUCAUCGCCGUCCUCAUCGAGGAGGCGGUGGAGAAGAGCCGCAGCGUGAAGUUUGCGGGCUUCCGGAGGCAGGUGAGCGCCUCGGACCUCAUGGACUCGGGAAUCAUCGACGAGGACACGCUGGCCGACCUCCUGGAGGGCUCCAAGACGGUGAAGGAGGUGAGGGAAAUGGACUCUGUCAAGCGCUACCUGGACGGCACGGGCUGCAUCGCCGGCGUGCUGGUGCCGUCCAAGGCUGACCCUGCCAAGGUGGAGAAGAUGAGCAUCUACCAGGCCAUGCGGAAGGGCAUCCUGAGGCAGGGCACGGCCCUGGUGCUGCUGGAGGCGCAGGCUGCCACGGGCUUCGUCAUCGACCCGCUCCAGAACGAGAAGCUCUCGGUGGACCAAGCCGUCUCCUCGGGGCUGGUGGGCAGCGAGCUGCACGAGAAGCUGCUGUCGGCAGAGCGCGCCGUGACGGGCUACACUGACCCCUACACCGGUGAGCAGAUCUCCCUCUUCCAGGCCAUGAAGAAGGAGCUCAUCGUCAAGGAGCACGGCAUCCGCCUGCUCGAGGCCCAGAUCGCCACCGGCGGCAUCAUCGACCCCGUGCACAGCCACCGCGUGCCCGUGGAGGUGGCCUACCGGCGCGGCUACUUCGACCGGGAGGUGAGCCAGAUCCUCUCCGACCCCACGGACGACACCAAGGGCUUCUUCGACCCCAACACGCACGAGAACCUCACCUACAUGCAGCUGCUCCGCCGCUGCGUGCUCGACCCGGACACGGGGCUGCUCAUGCUGCAGCUCAUGGACAAGGGCUCGGUGCUCUACCAGCUGACCGAGGACGCCCGGAAAGCCCUGCAGGCCGCCCGCACCACCGUCGGCGUGGGGCUCUUUGAGGGCCAGAGCGUCACCGUCUGGGAGCUCCUCUUCUCUCGCUACGUCCCCGACCACCGGCGGCAGGAGCUCCUCAGGAAGUACAAGGCGGGGACGGUGACCGUCCCGCAGAUGACCGCCAUCCUCACCGCCAUCAUCACCGGCACCGAGGGCCGGGGCCACGGCGCCGCCACAGCCGCCACGGCGCCGCGCCAGGAGGAGCCGUCUCCGCCCGAGAACGGCGAGGCCGCGGGCUCCCAGCGGGAGCGGGAGCGGGAGCUGGAGCAGGCCCUGAGGUCGCGCACCGUCGAGGUCUCCGUGGGCGGCUUCCAAGGCAGGAGGGUCUCGGUGUGGGAGCUCCUCUUCUCCAAGUACGUCUCGGAGGCAAAGCGGCAGGAGCUGCUGGGGAAGCUGCGGGACGGGAGCCUGACGCCGGACGAGGUGGCGAGGCUCAUCGCCGUCCUCAUCGAGGAGGCGGUGGAGAAGAGCCGCAGCGUGAAGUUUGCGGGCUUCCGGAGGCAGGUGAGCGCCUCGGACCUCAUGGACUCGGGAAUCAUCGAUGAGGACACGCUGGCCGACCUCCUGGAGGGCUCCAAGACGGUGAAGGAGGUGAGGGAAAUGGACUCUGUCAAGCGCUACCUGGACGGCACGGGCUGCAUCGCCGGCGUGCUGGUGCCGUCCAAGGCUGACCCUGCCAAGGUGGAGAAGAUGAGCAUCUACCAGGCCAUGCGGAAGGGCAUCCUGAGGCAGGGCACGGCCCUGGUGCUGCUGGAGGCGCAGGCUGCCACGGGCUUCGUCAUCGACCCGCUCCAGAACGAGAAGCUCUCGGUGGACCAAGCCGUCUCCUCGGGGCUGGUGGGCAGCGAGCUGCACGAGAAGCUGCUGUCGGCAGAGCGCGCCGUGACGGGCUACACCGACCCCUACACCGGUGAGCAGAUCUCCCUCUUCCAGGCCAUGAAGAAGGAGCUCAUCGUCAAGGAGCACGGCAUCCGCCUGCUCGAGGCCCAGAUCGCCACCGGCGGCAUCAUCGACCCCGUGCACAGCCACCGCGUGCCCGUGGAGGUGGCCUACCGGCGCGGCUACUUCGACCGGGAGGUGAGCCAGAUCCUCUCCGACCCCACGGACGACACCAAGGGCUUCUUCGACCCCAACACGCACGAGAACCUCACCUACAUGCAGCUGCUCCGCCGCUGCGUCCCCGACCCGGACACGGGGCUGCUCAUGCUGCAGCUCAUGGACAAGGGCUCGGUGCUCUACCAGCUGACCGAGGACGCCCGGAAAGCCCUGCAGGCCGCCCGCACCACCGUCGGCGUGGGGCUCUUUGAGGGCCAGAGCGUCACCGUCUGGGAGCUCCUCUUCUCUCGCUACGUCCCCGACCACCGGCGGCAGGAGCUCCUCAGGAAGUACAAGGCGGGGACGGUGACCGUCCCGCAGAUGACCGCCAUCCUCACCGCCAUCAUCACCGGCACCGAGGGCCGGGGCCACGGCGCCGCCACGGCCGCCACGGCGCCGCGCCAGGAGGAGCCGUCUCCGCCCGAGAACGGCGAGGCCGCGGGCUCCCAGCGGGAGCGGGAGCGGGAGCUGGAGCAGGCCCUGAGGUCGCGCACCGUCGAGGUCUCCGUGGGCGGCUUCCAAGGCAGGAGGGUCUCGGUGUGGGAGCUCCUCUUCUCCAAGUACGUCUCGGAGGCAAAGCGGCAGGAGCUGCUGGGGAAGCUGCGGGACGGGAGCCUGACGCCGGACGAGGUGGCGAGGCUCAUCGCCGUCCUCAUCGAGGAGGCGGUGGAGAAGAGCCGCAGCGUGAAGUUUGCGGGCUUCCGGAGGCAGGUGAGCGCCUCGGACCUCAUGGACUCGGGAAUCAUCGACGAGGACACGCUGGCCGACCUCCUGGAGGGCUCCAAGACGGUGAAGGAGGUGAGGGAAAUGGACUCUGUCAAGCGCUACCUGGACGGCACGGGCUGCAUCGCCGGCGUGCUGGUGCCGUCCAAGGCUGACCCUGCCAAGGUGGAGAAGAUGAGCAUCUACCAGGCCAUGCGGAAGGGCAUCCUGAGGCAGGGCACGGCCCUGGUGCUGCUGGAGGCGCAGGCUGCCACGGGCUUCGUCAUCGACCCGCUCCAGAACGAGAAGCUCUCGGUGGACCAAGCCGUCUCCUCGGGGCUGGUGGGCAGCGAGCUGCACGAGAAGCUGCUGUCGGCAGAGCGCGCCGUGACGGGCUACACCGACCCCUACACCGGUGAGCAGAUCUCCCUCUUCCAGGCCAUGAAGAAGGAGCUCAUCGUCAAGGAGCACGGCAUCCGCCUGCUCGAGGCCCAGAUCGCCACCGGCGGCAUCAUCGACCCCGUGCACAGCCACCGCGUGCCCGUGGAGGUGGCCUACCGGCGCGGCUACUUCGACCGGGAGGUGAGCCAGAUCCUCUCCGACCCCACGGACGACACCAAGGGCUUCUUCGACCCCAACACGCACGAGAACCUCACCUACAUGCAGCUGCUCCGCCGCUGCGUCCCCGACCCGGACACGGGGCUGCUCAUGCUGCAGCUCAUGGACAAGGGCUCGGUGCUCUACCAGCUGACCGAGGACGCCCGGAAAGCCCUGCAGGCCGCCCGCACCACCGUCGGCGUGGGGCUCUUUGAGGGCCAGAGCGUCACCGUCUGGGAGCUCCUCUUCUCUCGCUACGUCCCCGACCACCGGCGGCAGGAGCUCCUCAGGAAGUACAAGGCGGGGACGGUGACCGUCCCGCAGAUGACCGCCAUCCUCACCGCCAUCAUCACCGGCACCGAGGGCCGGGGCCACGGCGCCGCCACGGCCGCCACGGCGCCGCGCCAGGAGGAGCCGUCUCCGCCCGAGAACGGCGAGGCCGCGGGCUCCCAGCGGGAGCGGGAGCGGGAGCUGGAGCAGGCCCUGAGGUCGCGCACCGUCGAGGUCUCCGUGGGCGGCUUCCAAGGCAGGAGGGUCUCGGUGUGGGAGCUCCUCUUCUCCAAGUACGUCUCGGAGGCAAAGCGGCAGGAGCUGCUGGGGAAGCUGCGGGACGGGAGCCUGACGCCGGACGAGGUGGCGAGGCUCAUCGCCGUCCUCAUCGAGGAGGCGGUGGAGAAGAGCCGCAGCGUGAAGUUUGCGGGCUUCCGGAGGCAGGUGAGCGCCUCGGACCUCAUGGACUCGGGAAUCAUCGACGAGGACACGCUGGCCGACCUCCUGGAGGGCUCCAAGACGGUGAAGGAGGUGAGGGAAAUGGACUCUGUCAAGCGCUACCUGGACGGCACGGGCUGCAUCGCCGGCGUGCUGGUGCCGUCCAAGGCUGACCCUGCCAAGGUGGAGAAGAUGAGCAUCUACCAGGCCAUGCGGAAGGGCAUCCUGAGGCAGGGCACGGCCCUGGUGCUGCUGGAGGCGCAGGCUGCCACGGGCUUCGUCAUCGACCCGCUCCAGAACGAGAAGCUCUCGGUGGACCAAGCCGUCUCCUCGGGGCUGGUGGGCAGCGAGCUGCACGAGAAGCUGCUGUCGGCAGAGCGCGCCGUGACGGGCUACACCGACCCCUACACCGGUGAGCAGAUCUCCCUCUUCCAGGCCAUGAAGAAGGAGCUCAUCGUCAAGGAGCACGGCAUCCGCCUGCUCGAGGCCCAGAUCGCCACCGGCGGCAUCAUCGACCCCGUGCACAGCCACCGCGUGCCCGUGGAGGUGGCCUACCGGCGCGGCUACUUCGACCGGGAGGUGAGCCAGAUCCUCUCCGACCCCACGGAUGACACCAAGGGCUUCUUCGACCCCAACACGCACGAGAACCUCACCUACAUGCAGCUGCUCCGCCGCUGCGUGCUCGACCCGGACUCUGGUCUUUAUUUUCUUAAAAUUUCAAGAGAAAAGUACCUGUGUUUCACCACGUCUUCUGCUUCUCUCCUCGCAGACAAGCACGCUGCCCCCCCGUCGCAGAAGCAUUUCCCAGAGACAACGCGGAGCAGGAGUGGAUACCCGCAGAACAGGAUGGACAACAUGGGAAGUGACAUGGCUGCAAACGGACACAAGGAGCUGGGUUGGGGCGGGGGUUACUUCAUAGCUGGAGUCUUCGUCCAGGCCAGGAAUAAGAAGAUGAGCAUCUAUGAUGCCACGAUGAGGGGGAUCCUGAUGCCGGGCACGGCCCUGGUGCUGCUGGAGGCACAGGCUGCUUCAGGCUGCCUCACCGACCCGGUGAGCAACAAGAAGCUGACGGUGAAGGAGGCACUGACCGCUGGACUCAUAGGCAGAGAUUUUUACGAGAAGCUGCUGUCGGCAGAGCGAGCCGUGACAGGGUACACAGAGCCGUAUACGGGACACAGGGUCUCCCUCUUCCAGGCCAUGAAGAAAGAGUUCAUCGUGAAGGAGCAUGCUAUCCGUCUGCUCGAGGCCCAGAUCGCCACCGGCGGCAUCAUCGACCCCGUGCACGGUCACCGCAUCCCCGUGGACGUGGCCUACCAGCGGGGCUACUUCGACCAGGAGAUGUGCCAGUUCCUUUCCAACCCCAAGAAUCAAACAAGAAGUUGCUUCGACCCCAACACGCACGAGAACCUCACCUACACGCAGCUGCUCCGCCGCUGCGUCCCCGACCCGGACACGGGGCUGCUCAUGCUGCACGUGAUGGACAAGGGCUCGGUGCUCUACCAGCUGACCGAGGACGCCCGGAAAGCCCUGCAGGCCGCCCGCACCACCGUCGGCGUGGGGCUCUUUGAGGGCCAGAGCGUCACCGUCUGGGAGCUCCUCUUCUCUCGCUACGUCCCCGACCACCGGCGGCAGGAGCUCCUCAGGAAGUACAAGGCGGGGACGGUGACCGUCCCGCAGAUGACCGCCAUCCUCACCGCCAUCAUCACCGGGGCAGAAAUGGAAAACAGGGAUCUGAGCUCAUCCACGGCAACACCCAGCAACAAGGCGGCAGAAUCACAGCUGGCUCAGGACACACACGCCCAGGAGCAGCGCUUGAGAAAGUCCUUAAAGUCUGCAGUCGUCUACGUAACUGCUGGUGAGUUCAAGGGGAAAAACAUCUCCUUGUUGGACCUGCUCUUUUCCACAUCCGUCCCCCAAGGGAAGCGGCAGGAGCUGCUGGAGCUGUACAGGGCAGGGAUACUGACGACCGAGCAGGUGGUUGCUGUGGUCACCGCCAUCAUAAACAAAGCAGAAGCAGCAAAUACUGCACUCGUGGCCAACGCCAGAAGUCCACACAGGGAGGCGAUAAGGGCAGAGGACAACGGAGAUGCCUUUUCAACAGAGGAUGCAGAACUAGAUAACGUCUUAAAGUCUGCCACCAUCGAUGUGCCGGCUGGUGAGUUCCAGGGGCGGCGGGUCUCCGUGUGGGACCUGCUCCACUCCAAGUACAUCCCCGAGGAGAAAAGGCAGGAGCUUCUGGAGCUGUACCGGGACAGGGUAUUAACCCUGCAGCAGAUGAUAACUGUUGUCACCACUGUCAUUAAAAAAAAAGAAUCUACAAACAGGAAAUUUCUGUUUGCUGUCAACACUUCCAGCAAGGACGCAGGCACAGCAGCAGGAGACAAGGAUGCCCAUUCCUCCCAAGAGGAACCAUGGGAAACGGCCCUGAAAUCCACAGCCAUCGACAUGGAGGUCGGGGAGUUUCGGGGCCACAGGGUCUCCGUGUGGGACCUGCUCCACUCCAAGUUCAUCCCCGAGGAGAACAGAAAGGAGCUGCUGGAGCUGUACCAGGGAGGAGUGCUGACCCUCGAGCAGGUGAAAACCGUCGUCAGCACUAUCGUGAGCAAGGCAGAAGCAGCAAGAGCAGAGCAGUCGGCUGACGUGAGCGGUGCAAAGGCAGAGAGGACCAUCGCAGGAGCUGAGGACGCCCGUCUGCAGGAGGACAGGACCUGGGAGGAGACGCUGAGGUCGACCACAGUUGAAACAGCAGCGGACGAGUUCCAGGGGCAGCAGGUCUCCGUGUGGGACCUGCUCCACUCCAAGUACAUCCCCGAGGAGAAAAGGCAGGAGCUUCUGGGGCUGUACUGUGCCGGGACACUGGCCUUGGAGCGGUUAAUGGUUGUUGUCACUACCCUCAUUAAAAAAAAUGAAUCCACAAGCAGGAAGUUUCUAGUUGCUGUCAACACUUCCAGCAAGGACGCAGGCACAGCAGCAGGAGACAAGGAUGCCCAUUCCUCCAAAGAGGAACCAUGGGAAACAGCCCUGAAAUCCACAGCCGUCGACAUGGAGGUCGGGGAGUUUCGGGGCCACAGGGUCUCCGUGUGGGACCUGCUCCACUCCAAGUUCAUCCCCGAGGAGAACAGAAAGGAGCUGCUGGAGCUGUACCAGGGAGGAGUGCUGACCCUCGAGCAGGUGAAAACCGUCGUCAGCACUAUCGUGAGCAAGGCAGAAGCAGCAAGAGCAGAGCAGUCGGCUCACGUGAGCGGUGCAGAGGCAGAGAGGACCAUCGCAGGAGCUGAGGACACCCAUCUGCAGGAGGACAGGACCUGGGAAGAGACGCUGAGGUCGACCACAGUUGAAACAGCAGCGGACGAGUUCCAGGGGCAGCAGGUCUCCGUGUGGGACCUGCUCCACUCCAGGUCCAUCCCCGAGGAGAAAAGGCAGGAGCUUCUGGGGCUGUACCGUGCCGGGACACUGGCCUUGGAGCGGUUAAUGGUUGUUGUCACUACCCUCAUUAAAAAAAAUGAAUCCACAAGCAGGAAGUUUCUGUUUGCUGUCAACACUUCCAGCAAGGACGCAGGCACAGCAGCAGGAGACAAGGAUGCCCAUUCCUCCAAAGAGGAACCAUGGGAAACGGCCCUGAAAUCCACAGCCGUCGACAUGGAGGUCGGGGAGUUUCGGGGCCACAGGGUCUCCGUGUGGGACCUGCUCCACUCCAAGUACAUCCCCGAGGAGAACAGAAAGGAGCUGCUGGAGCUGUACCAGGGAGGAGUGCUGACCCUCGAGCAGGUGAAAACCGUCGUCAGCACUAUCGUGAGCAAGGCAGAAGCAGCAAGAGCAGAGCAGUCGGCUGACGUGAGCGGUGCAGAGGCAGAGAGGACCAUCGCAGGAGCUGAGGACGCCCGUCUGCAGGAGGACAGGACCUGGGAGGAGACGCUGAGGUCGACCACAGUUGAAACAGCAGCGGAGGAGUUCCAGGGGCAGCAGGUCUCCGUGUGGGACCUGCUCCACUCCAGGUCCAUCCCCGAGGAGAAAAGGCAGGAGCUUCUGGGGCUGUACCGUGCCGGGACACUCCCCAUGCAGGAGCUGCUCAGCGCCAUCCGCACCACGGCUACGCGCAGCCAAGAAAACCCUCCCGCUCCCCUCGCCCAGCCGAUAGCGGAUCUCCUCCAGGCCGACGGCUCCUACAUCACUCUGGGCCCGUCCCAGGAGCGCAGGGUGUCCGUGCGGGAACUCCUCGCCCGCCACCAGGUCUCCGCGUACAAACGGGAGGCCCGCCUGGAUGUUUACGGCACGGGGGGGCUGACCGUGAACAGGAUCACCAUCACCACCACCGUCACCACGGGCCCGCAGGGUCACCCCCACCGCCAGCAGCACUAGCACCGCGCGCCCCAGCCGGGGGGGUCUGCCCCGCGGGCGGGACACGGCGCGGGCACUCGCAAAGGCGUUUGCUCUCCGCGACACGAGAAUCACGGGCAGGAAAGAGCGCUGACGACCGCGCGCAGCACGGGGCAGUCGCCCCGGCAGGACCCCUCGCCAUGCGGACCAGCACUUCCCGGGGGUCGCGGCCCGAUGAGGCGUCCCCGGGGUGGCUCCCGGGGGGGGCCAGGAGGGCUCACCGCUGCGGAGGGGUCGGAGAGGCCACCCAAGGCAGGUCCGCGGCAGCAAGAGCCCCGGGGACGGACGACCGCUGCACAAGCGUCCGGGGUGCCAGCAAGGGCAGCGGACACGGUGCAGCACGGUGCACAGGGACGCUCGGACCUCUCCCGUGCCGUGGCUGUGCCGUGGGUCCGGCGGGAGCGUGGCACGGCGCACGGGGACCUGACGCCCGCGAGGACGCGCGGUGUGGGACGUCCAUGGGG